AUGGGCAGCAUAGUCAAUGCUACUAUGAACAUUACAGCUAACACAACUGAACUAGUGGAGGAGCCAUGGACCAGGGUGGAGAAGUCUGUGAUUGUGGUCAUUCUUAGCAUCGAGAUUGUGCUGGGAAUUCUGGGAAAUGGUCUCGUCCUGCUUGUUAAAAUGGUGUGUAAGGACCAAUUUCAAUGUGUUUACUGGCUCCCAUUUGUCAGUCUCACACUCUCGGACUUGUGUUGUGCCAUGCUGAUAAUGACCGGUUCCUUACUGGCUGUCUUGACCGGAGGUCAGAGUUCGCCGUGGUGUGAAGCGGUCAGCCUGUUCAAGUUCACCUUCAUCACAUCCUCAAUUGGUAGUGUAGCACUCCUCUGUGUCCAGCAGUAUAUGGGCCUGCUCUCCACUAGAGGAUGCUUCUUUGUCAUGCUAAUAGUGGCAUGUUUGGCUUCCUGGUUGUUAGGUACUGUGUUCGGGAUGGUGCCAGUGAUCUACGAUUGGGUUAGGUUUGACCCUGCGGAGAUGUUGUGCGCUGUGUUCUGGGAGAGCAGUUACUCUGACAUGCUGGUUUACAUACUCUGCGCUUUCAACAUAACAAUGCUCCCAUGUUUGCUGCUCAUUAUCAUCUGCUCCUUUCUGACUUGGGCUGGCUAUGGGAAGAACUGUGCCGGUCAGACAGACUUGUCAUCCGUCACGCCGCUAUUGGUGGGAACUUAUCUUCUCUGCUAUACUCCUUUCACUGUGUCAGAGCUUAUUCUUCUUGGGAGACUGGAUCUGUCACCAUCUCCUGAGUGGCUGAGAACACUUUCAGCAAUAAUGACAUAUCUGGACUGUUGUUUGAACCCCAUCAUUUACUGCACUAACCAAGACUUUCGAGAGGCAGUACUUGCACUUCUGUGGACCAGCAGAAAGUCAAGCUUCCCUGAACCCGUACUGACUAGCAUGACAAAAAUAGAAACAUAA